AUGGCAUUCAUCUCAACCCAUUUGCCCUUUAUUGGCCCAAACCCGUAUCGACACCGCACGUUACCGCAUGCUAAUCGAUUGUUGGAAAAGAACAAUAACCUAGAGAAUAAUAAUCAAGGAGACGGUGAUGAAGAGUUCCCCGAAACAGAGGUCCCAGCAUGGCGGACCUAUGCAAAGAUGAUCCUGCCGCACGUCGGUCUGAUCCUACUCUCCUUCUUCUACAUUGUUGGCGUGAAUAGUGAUCUGUCGAAAGAAGCCGUUGAAGCGGCUGCGGUUGCUCAUGUCGAUAAUGUGACUAAGAUGCUGUUUGAUGCUUUUGAUACUCAUUUUAUCACGGCUCGUCAUUUGGAAACUGAUGAGGCAGUCUAUGGGGAAGAGGAGCAUAGUUGGACUUAUACCACAGCACUUUUCUUCACCGCCACUUUAUUGACUACGAUUGGUUACGGUAACCUAGUCCCUGUCACGCUAUGGGGCCGUAUGUUUUGUGUCCUCUAUGCCCUCUUCGGCGUCCCACUAAUCCUCAUUACAGUGGCCGAUAUUGGAAAAUUCAUGUCGGAACAGAUCUCCAACCUCUAUGCUAAAUACAAAAAGGCUAGAACGAGGUGGCUGGACCAUGGCGGAACGUUAUUCCAUGAUGAUGCUAACAAGGAAGAUGCUAAUCUGAUUGAUGGCCUCGAUGAACAAUCUGGGAUACCAAUGUCCCUAAUUACAAUUAUUUUGUUGGGUUAUAUCGCGUUGGGUGCUGUUUUAUUGGGUCUCUGGGAGAAUUGGGAUUUCUUUAAAGGAUUUUACUUUACGUUUAUAACAAUGACUACGGUUGGUUUUGGUGACAUCGUGCCGUUAAAUAAGAGCUUCUUUGUCGUUGAUCUGUUGUAUAUUAUAAUAGGAUUGGCAAUAACUACAAUGUGCAUCGAUUUGGUCGGUAUACAAUAUAUACACAAAAUUCAUUAUGUGGGACGAGCGAUGAAGGAUGCUCGAUUUGCAAUUGUCAAUGUUGGCGGAAAAAUGGUUCAUGUGCCGGAUAUUAUGAGAUAUGCUAGCGUAUUACAACAGAAGUACGGCAAGAAAACAGCCGACCCAAACGACGAGUUGGUAAAGGGCAGCUUCAUACCGCAGGAUAUACAUUUGAUCAAAUAUAUCGAUUACUCGUCGCUAUGUAGCGCGUUGACAUCAGUGGAGAGUAUCCACACCCUCCUCAGCAACGUAUUUGCCUCUCGGGGUAUUCCGCCAGCUGCUCAAGUC